AUGAGUAUACUGGCAACACGGAAAGCAACCGUAAUAGCAACCGGAUGUUCAACAAUAUGCAUUUUAAGUGUUGUAAUUUUAUUACCAUUAAUGCAUUUUCGUAGCCAAGAAGUAAUAUCAACACUACUUUCACAGGUUGAAUUAUGCAAGGCUCAAUCAGGUGAUAUUUGGAAGCAAAUAGCUUUGGUUGGUAAUAAAAUUCGAAAAUCUCGUUCUAACAAUUUCAAUUUACCUAGUACUUUUAUAAAUGAUGCAUGUUGUGCUUGUUCACAAGGAUUGCCAGGACCUCGAGGAUCACCUGGAAAAGAUGGUAUACCAGGAAAAAACGGUGAACCAGGUAAAGAUGGUAGUAAUGGACGUAACGGUGUAUACCUUCCUGCUCCACCACCAGGCACAAAUAGUUGUCAAAAAUGUCCACCAGGUGCACCAGGACCACCUGGUUUCCCGGGUCCAAAAGGAGAACGUGGCAAACCUGGACCACCUGGAAAAGCAGGAAAACCUGGAGAGCCAAAUCGACCUGGACCACGAGGACCACCAGGACUUCGUGGGGAACCAGGACCUCCAGGACCGAAAGGACCAGAGGGUGAUCGAGGUAGAGUAUUAAAUGGAGCACCACCUGGUCCAACAGGUCCACCAGGACGUAUCGGUCCACGAGGAGCACCCGGUGGUAAAGGACAUGAUGGAAAAGCAGGUCAACCAGGGAAUCAAGGUGUACGAGGUUCAGGCGGAGAAAGAGGACCUCCAGGAGAUCCUGGACUACCAGGUCCACCAGGUGUACCAGGUGAACCUGGAUUUCCUGGCAGUUGUUCACAUUGUCCAGGAUUGAUUCCAGUUGUUUCAUCUAAAACAUACACACAAAAACCAUUGAUAUCAUCGACACAAUUAAAUAUUCCAUCUGUGGAAAUUUUACAAACUGCUGAAAAUUCUUAUCCAAGUUCAGUUCCAGAGCAAAAUGAUCGAGAAUAUUUGUGGAUUUUGAAAUAA